AUGUGGAACAUAGUGGCCGAGUUCUGGUUUGUUUUUUUGGAUGCCAUGAAGAUGUAUGACAGGUGUCAGCCGAGAACAGGUUCGCUGACUCUAGACGAUGUCUCAGUGGAUUUGAAGUGGGGUUAUUUGGAACUGUUGGAAAUGAGUGCCACGGUGAAGGGCUUAGUAAACUACUUCAUAGAUAUUCUACAAAAUGCAUACUCUUUGACGAGAGCUAGUGUGACUUUGGACAGAGUCUCGAAUAAUCCCCACCUUUUCCUGUCCCCUGAUUGUAAAAGCGUGACGUGGACCCCGGAGCCGGAAGUGCAGUACACCUGGCACAGAAGAUUUAACAGAAUGAGUUGUGUGGUGGGAUGCCAGACGUUCGCCAUCGGGCGCCAUUUCUGGGAAGUCGGUGUGAAAGGCCUGGGAGACUGGGCUGUGGGGGUUGCCAGAAGCUCGGUGAAAAGGAAGGGCCUCUUCAGCCUCUGUGCCGAGGAAGGAGUCUUCGCUGUGGGGAAGCUGGAACAGCAGUACAAAGUCUUCAGCAUCCCGCAUGCGCUUUUGCUGCCGCUGGACGGAGAGCUCAGGUGGAUUGGGGUGUCUUUGAACUGCUUUGCGGGGCAAGUCAACUUCUACGAUAUGGCAAGAGCCACGAGGAUCUUUGGGUUCACCGAAAUCGGCUGCUUCCAAGAGCCCUUCCUCCCCUUCUUCUGGCUAGGGGGACCAGCCGAACUCAUUAUUAUCUAGUAGGGCAGCAUCGGCCUCUUGGCCGUAGCUUUCCCCCACCGCCCUCCAGUUCUGGUUUCCUUUCCCCUCUUCUCCUCCCUCCAGUCUUCCAUCAACUGUGGGGGAAAGCAGGUGUCAGAACUUGGUUGCUUGGUGCUACCCCAGGAGGGCCAGUGUGACAUUGGAGGCAACAUUGUAAUUAUCCAGGAUGGCCGCUGCUUGCUUGAACAGAAUCCCUUGGCGAAUGAGGACAUAACUCCGGCAUUUUUAAUGAAGAAGGGGUUCUGGUUAGCUGGACCAGUCCCUACCUCAGUUGGGUGAGUCUUGCUCUGAGGGUUGUGGGUGUGUGUGUGGUGGGGCAUGCCUGUUCACCUUCGUAAGAUUUGUAGCCUGCGG